AUGAACAACAAUAUUGUUCAGUUUGUAUUGUUAAUCUGUAUUCUUGAUUUGGCGAAGCUAUGUAUGCACGACGAUGAAGUGAAAUCAAUUGCGAGUUUUAAAUCUGCUUGCCCAGUUACAGUUGUAUCGUACGCAAAGGGGAAUCCCUACGUGAGAAAAUGUUUUCUGAAGCGAAGGAUCAACUAUACUGUAAAGUCGUCGGCUACGUUCAACCCGGCAAUACUCAUGCUGACGAGAAGUGGGAUAAAUCUAGUAAACCCCGGACCAGGACGGAGAAUAAUCGAGCAAGAUAACUCGAAUAUUACAACAACGCCUGAUUCCGCACAUUCAACUCAACUAAUAAACUCGGCGUCUUCUCCAAGUCUUGAGAAACCCUGGAUAACUCAUAUGAAUUGUAGAAGUAUUAUAUCUCACAUUGAUGAACUACGGGUAACUUUUAAACAUGAUUCUCCGCAGUGCAUUGCUAUUACGGAGACUUGGCUGAAUGAUUCAAUAUUUGACUUCGAAGUCGACAUUGCGGGAUAUACCGUACACCACCUCGACCGACAAAGUAGACGUAGGGGAGGAGGUGUUGCGUUCUACUUAUCUAAUGGUCUAAAAUGUAUCGUAGAAAAGACUUGGAGGAAAAUUUUGAAGCAAUCUGGAUAG